AACUGAAAUUCAAAACAUCUGCGGGGCGUCGGGUUCGGUUUGGCAGAGACCUUCCUGUGAGAGACUGACCUGUGAACCUGGUUGCAUUUGCUGGCCCAUGGACCUGGGCACACCCAUGUGAUGAAACACGGAACAUGGCUACAGAAACGUUUGCUGAAUCCCUGAACAAGCUCAAGGAAGUCCAUGAGAAGGAAGUCCAAGGCCUGCAAACAAAACUGAAUCAGCUGACUGAGGAGAGGUGUCGGGACACUCAGAGAAUUGAAGAACUCUUUGCUAAAAACCACCAGCUGCGAGAACAGCAGAAACUCCUUAAAGAAAAUGUGAAAGUGCUGGAGAACAGGUUGCGAGCCGGUCUCUGCGACAGAUGCCAAGUCACCCAAGAGCUUGCGAAGAAGAAGCAGUAUGAGUUUGGGAGAGCCCAUUUUCAGAGUCUACAGCACAUCUGCAUCCUCACUAAUGAAAUGAAUAAACUGAGGGAAGAAAACAAGAGCUUGAAAGACGAACUGAAGAGGCUGCACGGCACAGAAGACCGGCCAAAGUGUCUGAAAGGAUCAUCUAGAGAAGGGAGUUCAGUUCCAGAAGCGCCACUGCCCUUGCUCUCCUCACGGAGCCGGAAGUCCAGCGCCGAGAAAAUCACAAGCCAGGAAGCGGACGAUGAACGCUAUCAGUCUCCAGGACAAAGAAGUUCUCCAGGUACCAGGAUCUCCCCUAGUGUUAUUCUCCAGAGCAAACACGCUUUGGAAAUGAGUUCUCAGAGGAUAGCAAACCCAUCACGUGGGACAAUCGCAUUAGUGAAACCCGGCUCAAGAUCUUGCUCUCAGGAAAGGGAUAGUCCACCCCCCAUGAGCAAAACACCACCAUCUCCUCAGCCUGAGCAAAGUCCCAGUUUUGAUGCUUAUUUAAGAGCCAGCAACUCAGAGUGCCAUGAACUUGCCUCUCCUUAUGAGACUCUGAAGUUUGCCACCAGAAAGGAGCAACUUUGCCUGCUCAACCAGCAUUUUGCCCUGCGUCAUCGCGGACUCCGGAAUAAUUCUGGCAGCAGGGAGGGUGGCUUCCCUCCCCACAGAACGAGGCCGCAAGAGGGGUGGGAAGACCAAGCAGCCAUCUUGGAACUGCCUGGAGCCAUGGUGUAUAUGAAGGACCGUUGCUUGGAGAACAGACUCCAGUUUCCUAACCCCCAAGAGAAACUCCAUAGUAUAUUGGUUCAGCAGCAAGGCUGCCGGUCCAGGAUGGAGGACAGCUUAGACCGCACCGAACCAAGGGCUGGCAAGGACUGCAAAAAAGGGAGAAGCUGCUUGGAAGACUCGGCAGAUGGAACUCUGGGGAGGCUGGCCUGGCUCAACAGAGAAGAGCUGGAGCAGGCAGAGAAGACAGAGGCCAUGAGGGGGUACCUCACCGAGGCACCUUUGGACCUCUCGGAUUAUGCAAGGGGAAGAGACAGCGCGAAGCCGGACAACUGGCAAGAGCCCUCCACACAGCAUGAGACGGGAAGUCCAGGGAAAGCCCAGAAUGAAGACUCUGCACUGCAGAAUGCUUGCUUCUCCAGCGGGCACCGGGUGGGGAAGCAUCCUGCCAUCGAAGAGAAGGAGAACAGAGCCACGUUGCCGACCUCGCUGACCCCUGAGCUUCCAGUUGCUAAGCCAGGCUUGGGCGGUGCCUCUGCCGAUCUGGAGACGAGGACGUCGUGUGCUGCAGAGAAGCGAGAAGUGGACCAAGCAGAUAAUGGAGACUCCGAAUCAGUGAAGGAAGGAUCGGAUGAGCCUGACACGUCUGAUGGCGAGCUGAUUGGGGCUUGUGAUGAUGAAAGUCUCCAGGAAGUUUCCAUGGAAGAAAAUUAUGGUUGCAAAACCGAGACCCUCCAGAGAUCGCAAACAAAGCGCAAAAGAGGACAAGAGUCGUGGACAAAAGCAGCCAAGCAGGGCAUCGUUCGGCGCUCGGCAUCCUCGGAACAUCAUCUUCACGGAUCCAGUCUACUUCCUCAGCUGCCCAAGUCGAAAGGAAUCCAGAGCCGCAUCAUCAAGGUGGAGCGGAAAUCAGAAACUUGA